AUGGUGAGCAACAGUGUGGAGUUCCUGAAGGCCAUCAAGAAAGAAGAUGGCGAUCCAGAUGGGAGGGGAGCUUCCUCGAACUUUGGAAAGCGUUGUUCGAUGGAUCCAGAACCUUCGAUAAGUCGCAUUGACGAUGUUCGGCUUAAACAUCCAACAAAAUACAUAAUAAGGAAGGCGGCGACCCCAUCUGCUGCUCCACCGUUGAAAAGAAUUUUCAUUGGGCGAAGCGCUUAUGAGUCUAAACCUGGAUCAAAUGGAGUCACCAACGUCGCGUAUGACCGUACCUUCACGCGUGAUGCUGAACUUGCUGCUAGUUCUGCUCCUUCACCUGAAGUUGGAAGUCCCGUGAGAUUCUGGAGGACUCCCUCAGGGAAGUUGGUAAAAUUGGAUUCGAAGUCUCCGUCGAUGACUCGCCCUUCUCUUGGCUGUUUGGGUACUUUCGUGAAAACACAACCAAAGAUCAUCAGAUUAGCGAAUGGAAAGUUAGCUCGGAUAUCGACAAAGAAGAUCCCUUCGCCAUUUGCUCGGGGACGUCGAAUCACAGGCAACGUGAGUGGAGGGCCGUUCUCACAAUUUGCUCGAGAUACGGGAAGACUUGACAUCCCAUCGAUUACGGCAAAAAUCACUUCUUCAUCAGAGCCUAUUGAUAUCGCAACGCUGAUUGGAACUGGUCCCGCGUCGUUUGAUGAUACGCCGCUUUUUGAGAAGACCGAUGACUCUCCAGUUGUAAAGGUUGAGCCAAUGGACGUGGAUGAAACGCAUGAGCAGCUAGGGUCCGAGGAAAGAGCGCCAACGGAUCGAGCAUUGACGGAAGAAGCUCCGGGAGGUGCUUCACCAAAAGAUGAAUCACAAAAAUCUCAGGAGUCUCUUGAGCAACCACUUCCAAGCCAUCCACAACCUUCUCUUGCAGUUGCUUUGAAAAGCGUUGCCGAUAAUUCUCAAGUGGGCGAUCUCGGAAAGAUACGUGAGCAACCACUUUUCACCCAAGAUUUGGUUCAACUUCCCAUGAAGGAAUCCUGCAACGUGUGUCGCGUAAUCGUCCCUGGACUGAAAAAGAACAUGAUAUCUCUCGAAGCACGGCUCACCGGUUUAGUGGAAACUGUUCAAAACUUGAUAAUGUAUUUGAAUCCGCUAGAUAGAAGAGCGGCUGAGUUGGCUGCAGCGGAGGCAGCACCGCCGUCUACUGCCGAAAGCAACGCACCAGAUCUGAGUACUGUUUCCACGUCAUUGGCUUCUAGAGCUUAUCAUUUCGGUGACACCAGUCAUGACCCCGACUCAGACAGAAUACCAUCAAUGCUUCUACCGGUUGCGUGUAGGAAUGAGAAUCGGAUAGAGAUGAGAACUGUAGGUGCAGACGAGGUGGUAAAUUCUAUGGGUCAUCGACCAAACGUGGUCAGAUUUAUUCGGCAACCGCUGAAAUCCGCAUCCGUUCUCGAGUCUUCCUCCCCUAUGCGACCUACCCAUGGAAGAAUACGUUUUGUUGUUGCUGACAGAGCAAAAACGAUGCGAACAGUUGCAACCUCAAGUGGUGGUGCAAAAGCUGAUCAAGUCGAGUCGCCUAAUCCCAAUGCACGAAUACAUAUCAGUCAAGGUGAAGAUGUGAAGCCGGAAUAUGGGCCAACUCCAAAUGAUAGGCAUGUGAGCCCUUCAGACAAUUUUGCGAUUAGUCUUGGCUCUUCAUCUCAUCGCCAUUUUUCAGUGAUCCAUUUCUUCAUACACAUGAAUAAGGCUAUAUUAGCAGCUCAUCUGUUUCGAACGGCUUACUCCACAUCGCGUUCACCUUCUAAUUGA